AUGUGUAUCUUUGUGGGCAAAGGGGGUGGAGCUGGUAAAAUUGCACAAGCAAAGCCAUCAGAUCCUCCCAAACCAAGGGAGGGAGAAGUGCGCCGGUGGCUGGAGGUGUACUCGCGGAGUGGCUGUGAGCCACGGGACACUUUGGUAGAGGUUUGGCGUGAAUUUCCAGAGGAGAUGCACCACCUUUUUGUCCCAUCGUGUGUGUCGCUGCAGCGGUGUGGAGGCUGCUGUGCUGAUGAGGCCUGGGAGUGUGUGCCCUCACACUCACAUACACUGACCAUGGAGCUGAUGAGGACCUCCUUCAUGAACCAUGAGCUUGUUGAACUACCAUUUGUGGAGCACAGCAAGUGUGAGUGCAGAAUGAAACAGCUCCAGACAACACCAACCACAAGAUCCCGCAAGAAAUCGAUAAGAAGACACAAGAAAAAGUGGAGGGAAAAGUCCAAAGAAAAGGCAGCAGAAUCCCCCAGAGCUGAAACCACAUCACCCCGUACCCUGUCAACACCAUUGCCAGCUACUUCUCCUACUCCUGUCCUGACACUGGCUCUUGCAUCUGAUUCACACUGCAGCCCAUGCAGAGGACGAAGGUGGACACUUGACUUGACAUCCUGCGAGUGUUUCUGCAAAAUCAACCCAGAGAGCUGUCGAAAAGGCCACUCGCUCAAUCUCCGCCGCUGCAGGGCCCUGUUUCAUGCCUCUGCACUCUGUUCCAUUGGCGCGAUCUCAGGCAUGCUUCUGCUCCUGCCCUUUUUGGCCCGUGCCCUGAUGACCUCAUCUUCUUCCUCUGAGUCCUCUUCGUCAGACCAAUCCACCUGCUGCUGCAGAUUUCCCCGAGAGCCCCUCAGACCAGAGCCUUUUGAGAAAUGCCCUGUACUGAACUUUGUGCGAAAAGUUACAAACGAUAAGCUUUUGCUUCGCUGCUGCUUCUCAAAAACACAUUCUUGCAAAUCUUCAUUGUCACUGAUUUCGUUGACACACUCACGCAGCACAGACCGAAACAUGCGGGGAACUUCAUGAACCUCUGGCUCCAUCUGUGACACCAGCCUCCGAAACCUAUACAAGCAGCACAAUAGUGAGAUAUAAAGUAUGCAUCUAAUGUGCAAGCCUUAUUAGUAGCCGUGUAAAGCAGACAUGAAAAAUGUAUAUCUUUUGUACAUUUCAGUUUCACCUGACAAUCACUGGGCCACACUGUGCAGGGGGGAUCUUAGCACAGAGGUCCUGCAACUCCAGCAGGUCAUUGGGGGUCAGCUCAUAGGGUUGUGGAGUUUGGGUGGAAGCCAACCAGCUGUAGUCUGCUGCUGAGGAGGAGCUACGGCGCCUGCGCCGCCCCUCUUUGGCCCUCUCCAGACGGAUGCGCUCUGUGCGUUUGACCAUGGCCCCCAGCUCUAACAUCAAGGUGUUGGUCACCAAUUCUUCAGUGCUGCGCUGUCCAGGGACCUUUGGCUCAAUGGAGAAGACCGCAGACCACGGAAACAUCUGGAAACACAUUGCUUUUGGAAUGAUUUCACAUAAUGCAUGUCUUACCAGUAUAAAUAUAUAGCAUAACAGAUAAAUACAAAAUUGUCUUUCUCCAAAAAGAAUAAUUAACAACAUGUUUUACUUACUGUUUAUGUAAACAGACGGCCUUGGUUCAGUCUGAUGAGUUAUUAAAGAGCAUGAAUUCCACAGGCAGCGCACUGCUACCUGCCUGCCGUGCUGCCCUCAGCGGUCCCUGGCAGACAGUAGACUGGACUGAGAAUAAACAUAAUCCUGUAUUAAUAAGAAGCGGCUGACUAGAUGAGCCUACCACAUGACACAAGUUCAUUGUGAUGGGAAGAUCACAGGAUGUUUGUAACACAUUUUCUCAACAAUAGUGGAUAGUAUUAAGGCAUUUUCCAUCUUGCCAUGGGCAUAUGAGAUAUGUGCUGGAGCACAACCAGCAAGCCCACUGCAGCAACAAUAAUCCUUAUAAAUUACAUUGUACAGCUCAGAAAAGCACAACACAGAAUUUUGACAUGUCACUAAUCCUGUUAGCCAAUCCCAUCCCUGAUAGGGACA